GAACUUUCAUGUGGGUGGCUGGUAGUUGCAUUCUAUACGUUGAGCACUGGGUUGCACUUUGAUAUUCUGCGUGUCAAACUUUCAAAAGAGUGAAGACGUUAACGUUUUGAAUCCAAAACAUUAAUCGUGUGAAUGCGCUUGAGUUCACCCAGCUAGUUGUGCACCAUGAAGUUUAAUCCACAUUCCCGCAUGAAAGCACGGAAGCGUAUCUCGUUCAACUCAAACCGGAACAAGGUACGCUUCAUCCACGUUCCUCCACGCUCGCAGAAUAAGAAGUUUUGGUUCACGGAGACGCAGCGCGUGGUGAAGAAAGGCCUCAACUUUGAGGUGGAGCCGGAGAUAAUGAUCGAGGUGAACAUCGAAUGCCGGAUGCAGAUCACCGCAAUGGCGCGGAAGCCGCCGUCGCACGCUGCCAAAGCUGCGGCCACGGCUGGGCUGGCGAAGGGUUCUUCAUUAGUGAUGACGUCGUCAUCGCAGCGCAGUUUUGUGGAAGUUCAGGAGACGAACUCACUGUUUUGCUGUGAUGCGCGUGGGCAGGACCGGUGGCAGUGCAUAGGGUCAGUGGGGGCGAGUGAAAUGAAAAAGGUUUUAGUGACGAUGCCGCCGGGCACGUACCGGAUGCGCUGCGUUGGCGGUGGCUCGGUGCAGCUCUUUGCGCAGGCGUGGGACAUCGAACGAGAGCUGAUCUAA